ACCAAGUUUAGAAAUACCCUUUUGUAAUGUGUCCCUAUUAUAUCCAUAGAACAUUUACAAUUCUCGCAUAGUCAUAUUCACAGGGAUUUUCACAACAUAGUUUUCUAUUUCUCGUGAAUCUCGUGAUAUUCAUUGCAGUUUUUAUAUCGAGCAUUAACAGAGAUCUCAUAAUGGCGAACUGGCCAGCGAUCGGUUCCAUAAUCCUGCCCAACGUAGGCGGUUGGGUGAACGGCGUCUACUUUGCCGGCCAGAUCAAACGGGACAGCAACGAGAAGACCUGGUACGAUGAGCUGAAGAAGUCACCUUGCACCCCCCCGAAAUGGGUGUUCGGGCCGGCAUGGACGGUGCUUUACAGCGGCAUGGGAUACGCGUCUUAUUUGGUGUUGGAGGAGUGCGAUGGUUUCACACAGCGUGCCGUCCUCCCAAUGACGUUGUACGGCAGCCAACUACUACUCAACUGGGCGUGGACGCCCAUUUUCUUCGGCCUUAAGGAUUUCAAACUGGCUUUGAUAGAAAUCGGCGUUCUUACCGGAGCGGCAACAAUCACCACCAUUUCAUUCGCUAGCGUAAACAAGACAGCUGGAAUUCUAAUGCUGCCAUAUCUGGCGUGGCUGGGUUAUGCCUCUCAUUUAUCUUAUUACAUCUGGAAGAACAACCCUCAGCCCGCAAAGGUCACAGAGGUUAAGGAUGAGAAGGAAAAGUAAAGAUGACAAUUCGUCAGUUAACUACGCUUGCAGCCAUCGAACGUGUACUAUUUUAGAUGCCUAUUUCUGCUAUCUGUCUAGUUGUUACGUCAACCUAGUACUUAUGUUUUUGUCAAUUUUAAAUGACACUAUGAUUUGUGUCAAAAUGUCGCAGCGGGGUUAUUAGAAAACCGGAUAUUUUCGAUUUAUCAUCUGUUCGUUAUAUACAACGACGGGUACUAUUACUGUCUUUUUAUAAAAGUAUAGUUUACAAAGUUAAGCAAUAUCGUACAAUUGUAGAACAUGAACUAUAUAAAAAUUGUGUUCUAAAUCAAACUAGACAGCCAAAAAUAACAAUCUAGUAACGAAGUCUAUUUUUUUAUAAGAAAAAUGUAAAAGUCUGGGACACAAGCAUUAUACGUUUAAAGUUAUGUUUUCAUUACCAAAGGAGUCAAAUACAAUUAAUCUUAAGGCAUAUCUUUUCAUACCUAGUUUAUAAGAUCCGAAGUGACCUUUUGCACAAAUAAGUAAUAUACAUGUGUAGUUAAUAUGGCUAUUUCUUAAAUAUUUUUCAAAAAGUAACAUUACUCAUUCCUAUUGCAUUUAAACGGAAUUAACACUUUGUUAAAAUUCUAAGAAAAUAAUAAUUUAGGGAUUAGUUAAAUGAAAGUACAGUUUGUCAUAAUAAUUAUAACUAUAAUAUAAAGUGGCAAAUCAACAAACUUGGCGCAGACACUACGUGCACAUAUUUUGAACAAAGCUACGACUAUCGUCAAAUAUCAAUCUUAAGUACAUUGAAUGUUGUUAAAUAAGCUAGAAUCAAGAUAAACUGUUUUCUUAAAAGUAUUUAUUUUUGAAUAUUUAUUGUUUCUUGUUGCUCUAAUAAUAAAAGUACCUACCUAAA